AUGGUAGAUUAUUAUGAAGUUCUAGGAGUGCAGAAAUAUGCUUCACCUGAGGACAUUAAAAAGGCUUAUCGUAAAGUGGCCCUUAAGUGGCACCCUGAUAAAAAUCCAGAAAAUAAAGAAGAAGCAGAGAGAAGAUUCAAAGUAGCUGAGGCAUAUGAUGUGUUAUCAAAUGAUGAAAAACAGGAUCUUUAUGAUAAAUACGGCAAAGACGGAUUAAAGGGUGGAGAUGGAAGACAUUUUGAUGAUCCUUUUGAGUAUGGCUUCAUGUUCCGUAAGCCAGAUGAGGUCUUUAAAGAAAUUUUUGGUGAAAGGGACCCAUUUUCAUUUGACUUUGUUGAAGACUCACUUGAGGACCUUUUAAAUAGUCCAAGAUGUCCCUAUGGAAACAGAAGCAGAGGUGCAGGAUCGUCUUUCUCUACAUUCAGUGACUAUCCACCUUUUGAGAACAGAUUUUCUUCAUAUGAUACAGCAUAUACUUCAUAUGGUUCACUGGGGCAGGAGGGCCUUAGUCCAUUCUGUUCCAUGGCAUUUGACAAUACUGGGAUGGGAAGACACAUAUCCGUCACAACUUCAGGUAAAAUAGUUAAUGACAGAGAUAUCAAUAUAAAGAGAAUUAUUGAGAAAAACCAAGAAAGAGAAGAAGCUGAAGAUGAUGGCAAGUUGAAAUACUUCCUGAUAAAUGGUCUGGCAGAUGAAGAGGGCUUUGCAGAAGAAUGCAGGUGGAGACGGCAAUCAUUCAACAAUCAUUCCCCAAAUUCAUGUAGCCCCAAACAUGUGUCUCCUUUGCUCAAUCAUGAGCAAAGUAUACCUUGGGUCAAUGAUGAACAAGGUAUACCCUGGGUCACCAGCGAGUGGGAUCCCUCCAUUUUCUCAGCAGGAUUCAAAGAAGGUGGUAAGAAAAAAAAAAAGCACAAAGAGGUACAUAAGAAGAAGUCAACCAAAAGGAAUCGCUAA